AUGAAUGCAUUCCUAUUGAUGAUAUGUAUAGCACUGACAAAUUAAACAGGUAAGAUAAUUAUACAAUUAUAUGAGUGAGAUAUAUUGGAUUGAAUGAGGUAGUAGAUGAUGCUAUUGAAGCCUAUGAUUAUAAGGUAUAUAGAUUAAAAGUGCAUAAUCCAGAGAAAAUGUAGAAUCGUACUUUGAUAGUAUAAUUGUUACCAUAGAUUGGAAAUCCUAAAGUAGCUGUAGAUUGUGAUAUGUAAUUAUGAAUAUUCAAUAAUAGAGAACCAAAAUUAUUAGAUUAUUAUGAAUGGUAAACAGGAUCUUGGUUUAUGUAAUAACUAACAAUAUCAUACUAAGAAAGACAAGCAUUAAAUUGUACAGAUAAUGAAUUCUAUAUUGGUGUUUCUAGUGAAGUUGUAUCAGGUUACUAAUUAGUAACAUAUAUUUGGGAUGGAAUCCAAUAAUUGGACUAUAAUAUUCCAUUAAGGUAAAGUUAAAUUACAUAAUAGUGGUGAAUUAGUAGAGAAGGAGAUCUUAUAAUUUAAAUUGAAACCAAUCUAAACAACUGAAUAAAUUACUUUAUAGAUUACAGCAAAUUAAGUAGAAAAGUAUUUAAAGUAAUGUACAAGUGAGGAUUGUUAAAUUACUUAAAGUGAUUAUGAAGGUAAUGAUACUGAUACAUCUGCACAUAUUACUUAAUCUUCACUUUCUUUUGUUCAUACAAAUUGUUAAGAUUGUUUUUAUUUAAUUGGAUUAAAAAGUGAUAUGAAGACUCAAUUUCGUAUUCUAGCCAAACGCAAAGAAUAACAUAUUAUUUUAAGAGAAGGUGAAUAAGAACAAUUUCAUGUGGAAGAAGGAUUCUAUAUUUAUUAUCUAUAUAAUAUUCUAAAUGAUACUAAUAUCAAAAGUAUCAAAUUCUAAAUAACUCAAUAUAAUGGAACAUGUAUGAUGUUUGGUAGUUCAUCAGAACAAUAUCCUAAUAUUACUAAUCAUGAAAUGAAGAGUUCUUCUUAAUUGAAAGCUAGUAAUACUACAACAUUUUAUUUGAGUGUAUAUGGUUAUACUCAAUGUUAAUAUGGUAUUUACACAUAAGUAGAAAGAUAUUAAACAAUCAAUUAAACUCAUUUUAUAUAACUUUAAAGUGGAGUACCACAAAAAUAUUUAUCAAGUGAUCAAUACAGUUUCUUUUAUAUUUAAUUACCUUAGAAAUAGAAUUUUACAAUAACAUUAUAAAAUAUUGAAGGCAAUUUCAUUAUGUAUGUUAAGUCUAAUCUAAAGAAUAAAGAAAUACCAGAUAGUAAUAGUUAUUAAUGGAAGGAUACUAAAUAAAUUGAAAUAAAUAUUGAUGAUCCUAAUUAUGCAACACAAUAUUAUAUUGGAGUAUAAAGUUUAAAUUAAAAUGGUGAAUUCAUUAUCCAAUAUAGUAUGCAUGGAGAUAUUGAAUUUUAUCAAGUAGGAUAAUAGAUUAUAGGUACUGUAGCUGAGAAAAAGUUUAGAUAUUACAAACUACCUAUGCAAUCUAGAAAUCUCACUAUUACUAAAGAUAUUUACUCAGGCAAUGAUGUGGUUGAUUUAGACAUGUUCAUAUCUUUUGAUUAAAAGAAUACACAUCCAAAUAUUAAACAUUAUAAUAUCUAUCUAAUUGGUAAGAAUUUAACUAUUCCUGAUUCGGAUUUAUAAUGUCAAUAAAAUACUUCUAAAAUUAAUGAUAAGAAUCUAUGCUAUAUUUAUAUAUCAGUAUCAUCAUCAUCAGGAACUAUCUAUUAUACAAUAUCUACCAAAUAUAAUAAUAGUAGAAUCUAAUUACAUGAAGGUUAUCCCUAAACUGUCACUUUCGAUUAAGAAACUUUAUUUUAUUAUAUCCUUAAUUAAAAAGAGAUCUCAGUACAAUGGUAUUCUUAUGGAGGAAGUUAAGCAAAUAUUGAGGCUUAUUAUGGUAAUAAAGAUAAUUCAGAUUUGAAAUAUGAAACAUUCAAAUCACAUUCUUAUUUCACUUAAUUUUAAAGCAUAAUAGUUCCAGAAACUGAGAAAUAUUAAAUAUUGUAUAUUCAUGUUUAACCUAUCGAACCUCAUUAUUAAAAUGACACAUAUACUAUUGGUAUUUAUGAGGAAGUACAAUUAUUAACUUUAUCAGAUCCUAUCAUAGAUAAAGUUUAAAAAGGAUAAACAAAAUAUUAUAAACUUAGUUUAACAUAAGAUGUUAAAUCAAUUGAAGUUAAUGUUCAUGUCAAAGGUGGUGGUUAAGAUCUUGCUAUUCCAAGAAUCUCUAAAGGAAAAGACAAAAGACCUAGUUUAUAUGAAUUUGAUUUAUAUUGGGUAGAAAUAAUUGGAUCAACUUAUAUUAUUUAAGAAUAAAAUAAUCGUUAUUUGGAAAAAGAUGAUUAUAUAAUAGGAGUUUUUGGUUAAAUUGAUUGUGAAUAUUAAAUUAGUUACAAUCUUGAUGAUGCUAAAUUUUUUAAUGCUUUUCUAGGUUUUCCAUUUGAUGUACUAUUUGUUGAAAAUAUACCUUAUAAUUAUAUUUUUAGAGAUAAUCCAAAUGAUAAAGAAUUUAGAAUUAUAGUAUUUGCAAUGUAAGGGAAAUUAUAAAUAAGAGCAAAAAGAUUGGAUUCUAAUGAUUAUGAUUAAACUGUCAUUAAUAAUAAUGAUACUUUAUUUAUAAAUGAAAUUAUUGAUAAACAAAAUUCAUAUUUAGUAAAGACAUGUAAAAAUGUUAGUUGCAUUUAUUUAAUUGAAAUUACUGCUAUUUCAGGUGAUAGUAAAGGUUUAAUAGAAUUUAGUAGUCAUCUAUAUUAAACUACUUUAUAUGAUGGUCUAUAAUGGAGAGAAAUCUUGAAUGAAUCAGAGACUUCACAAUAUCACUUUUAUUCAAAUGAAAAUGUUCAAAUUAGUAUUUAAAUGAUAAGUGGUGAUAUCAAAUUAUAUUUGAAAGAAGGAUAAGAAUUAAAACACAAUGAUGAAGCUGAUUAAACAUAAAGAGUAUUAAAUGAUACUUAAAUUAUAUUCAAAAAAAAGAAUAUUAAUGUAUCAUUAAUUACAAUUAAGGCUGAAUCAUUAGCACCAAUUUCUAUAUUUAAGAUUAGUGCAGUCAGAUUCUAUAAAUAAACUUAUACUAUUCAUUUGGGUUAGAUGAUGACUUAUUAUAUUAAAGCACAAGAUACUAUUUAAUUGUAAUAUCAAUCUAUUACUUAAUUAAUUAAUAAUCAAUCAAAAUUUAUCACUUUAUAAAUUUAAAAUAUUCAUUAAUCCUUAGAUAAUCUAUAUAUUGAUAUUAGUCAUAAUUCUAUUAAACCUAUUAAUUAUUUUAAUAAAUAUCCAAAAGCUAUAUCAUAUUAUUUAUAUGAUUAAUUUGGUUUGUAUGAUAUUUCAAUCAAAGCUUUACAUAAUAAUACAUAUAUUAAAAUAAUCAUUACAAAUGGUGAAUUAAAUGCUUUAAUUGAUAGUAUAUCACAAUAUUAAUUAACUAAAAUUGGAUAACCAAAUUAUUAUGAAAUAUUUUUAUAAUCAAAAUCAAAAUUACUCUUGGAAGUCUUUACUUGUUCAGGAUCUAUUUUAGUAUAGGGUACAAAAAAUUAAACUAAUCUUGCCAAAUAAAUAUUUGAAAUUCAAGUCAUGAAUUCAUCUCAAGAACACAUUCAAACAAUCUUAUAACUUGAAGCAGGUACAUACUAUUUCCUAGUGAAAUUAAUAUCAAGUCAUACUUAAGAUGAUAAUAAAAAUAAAAUUUCAUCUUAUUAUAUUAAGUAACAAACAUUUGAUUAUGGAGAAAUAAUUCCAUAAACAUCAUUCUAAAUAAGUAACAAAUCUAUAGAUUGGUACAAAGUUGAUAAUAAUUUAAUAAUCCAUAUACCAAAUUUAAUUUAAGUAAAAAAAGAUAUUACAAUAAUCCACAUUUCAUUUAUUGUUAGAAUGUAAUAAGCAAUUGGUGAGAAGAGUCUUGCAUGUAUGUUUGAAUCUAAUUAUGUUAACAACAAGACCAAUGUUUAUGGUAAAUAUACUUAGGUUGUGGAAUAAAGCACAUAAAGUAAUAUAACAACUGUUACUUUUGCUACAAAAGACUAAUAAGCUAAGUAUUUAAGUGUAGUUGGAAAAGUAUAAUUGUAAAUAGAAAAUGAAAUAGAAGAACUUACAUAUCCGUUACCAAUUAUAGAAAUGAAUUAUACUAACAAUUAAUAGGAAUCCAUCUAACAAUGGGUCUUAUUAGGUAUAUUUCUGACUAUCUUGCUUAUCACUGGGUUCUUUAUAUACUUUAAUAUUAAGAAAUAAGUGCAUCAUUAAAACCAUAACACACUCAAUAUUGAAAUGAAUUAUUAAACAUUUAAUAAUUGAU